UCGAUUGGUUGAGUUGGAUCUCUCGGCCAGUCUUGAUUGAUUCGAUUUAUUUACAUUUGCCCUUUGCCCCAAGGUAUACACUGAACUUUAAAUGCCAGUUUGAAGACCUUCUAACGCGCGCAGAAAGCCAGAAUGCCGGUUUUGACCAGCCCCGACAUCGCCAACAAGUUGAAGGAGAAAUGUGUGUCGGUGUUCGUGGAGGAGCAGCUCAGCGGGAGUGACUCUGCCCCCCAGGACGACAGCCUCACCAGCCUGCACUGGCUGCAGAAUUUCUCCAUCCUCAGCGCGGACCCGGAGCGCCCCGGCGCACCCGCACCCGGAGCCGGAGCCGGAGCCGGGUGUCCGUCCUCUCAACAGCACGUCUUAGUCAAACGCCUGGGCUUCCCGAGACCCGGCACCGAGUCUCCGUCCAGCCCCCCCGCCGGGGACACCGCCGCCACCGGGAUGCCGCGGUUCCUCGGCAGCCCCGUCACCUCCGGCAGCGACUACUCCGCGUCCCCGCGGUUCCCCGCGCACAUCCCGGUGCAGGCGAACCCCCCGGCAGAGGUGGACUACACAACCAACCCCAAAGUCAAGCCGCCCUACUCCUACGCGUCUCUCAUCUGCAUGGCCAUGCAGGCCAGCAAACAGCCCAAAGUGACUCUGUCCACCAUCUAUAACUGGAUAACAGAUCAUUUCUGCUACUACAGACACGCGGAGCCCAGCUGGCAGAACUCCAUCCGUCACAACCUGUCCCUCAACAAGUGUUUCAAGAAGGUCCCCAGACAGAAAGACGAGCCAGGAAAGGGAGGCUUCUGGCAGAUUGAUCCUCAGUAUGCCGACAUGUUCGUCAACGGCAUCUUCAAACGUCGGAGGAUGUCUGCUAACCACUACAGCAGCAGCAGCAGCUCUCAGAGUCAAAACAAAUUCGUGCAGGGUUAUCACAGCACCCAAAAAGUCUGGUCUUACCAGGGGGUUGGCGGCAAAAGGAAGAGCCUGCCCUCUAAAAGCAAGACAAUGAGAGGCACGGAGUCCCCCCUGUUAGCCACAGAAGCCAACAAAGCAGACAUCCUGAGGGGGGACUUUGACCUGACGUCCGUGUUUGACGACGUUCUCAGCGGGAGCUGUAGCACCUUUGAGGAUUUGGACAUCAACAUGGCACUGAGCUCCCUGGGCUGCGAGAUGGAGGUUUCGAUGCAGGGGAGGCAGCAUUCUGCAGGGCUGGGGAGGUGGUGCGGAGGAGGGGACGUCAUGGGUCAGAGCCAGCACAUAAACCACCAUCAGUCCUACGCCUACUUGGACAUGAGCGCUGGUCCGAUGGACUGCACAGUCCACAUGGGAGAGCUCCAGGUCCCCCAGCAGCUGCACCCACAGCACCCGGACCAAGACCAGCUGCUCCAGAGCCACCAACACCACCACCACCACCACCAGCAUUUUGAAGAGUCCUCCGGGCUGUUCCCAGAGCAGCCAGGAGAGCAAGUGCUGCACCCGUGGGAGGAGAUAAAGGAGGAGGUGCAGGCCAUUCCUCUGACUUUGGAUCAGGGCUUCGGCCUGUAUGAGAGUUUCUUCACAGAGAUGCAGCCGUGGGAAUAAGCCGAGAGCUGUCUGUGACUUUUGACACCAAAUCUCCUUACUCCAAAUCAUUUACGUUAAUUGAAAAUGGAAAUCUCUUAUUUCUGCGUUAUUUCUGGGUUAUUUGGCAUAAUAGUACCCUUAGAGCUAGAGUAACUUCUAAUCAUUCUCCAAUGCAACUCUACAUUUGUUAUUUAUUUUCUGUAUC